GCAAGUAGAUUAACUCGAGAACGAACAGAAGGGAGAUAGCAGGUAUUCAGGGAAAUUGAUAUGGACACGCCGGAAAGGGCUACGCGGGCUCCACGGGCUCCACCACCGCCGGGAGGAGGAGGCGGAGGCGGCGAUCUAUCCGCCAUUUUUACUGUUCUUGUUUGUUUCCUCGCUAUUUUCUUUAUGUUAAUCCUUCCAACAACAUCAGCCCUUAAGAACGGCUUUUCUGUUGUGCAUCAAGUUCCUGAAGGCCAUGUUGGGGUCUAUUGGAGAGGUGGUGCCCUUCUGAACACAAUUACAGAUCCAGGUUAUCAUAUAAAAUUGCCUUUGAUUACUGAAUUUGAGCCGAUUCAGGUCACCCUUCAAACAGAUCUGGUUAGAGAUAUUCCUUGUGGUACAAAAGGUGGUGUUAUGAUUACCUUUGAGAAGAUAGAGGUUGUUAAUCGACUAAACAAGGAUUAUGUGCACUCUACAUUGCGUGAUUACGGAGUAAAUUAUGACAAUACAUGGAUCUAUGAUAAGAUUCAUCACGAGAUCAAUCAGUUCUGCAGUGCUCAUUCCCUUCAGCAAGUUUACAUCGACAUGUUUGAUCAGAUUGACGAGAAAAUGAAAGACGCCCUUCAGGCUGAUUGCACGCGAUAUGCUCCUGGUAUUGAGAUACUAAGCGUACGUGUCACAAAGCCCAAUAUUCCAGAAAGUAUAAGGCGUAACUUUGAGCAAAUGGAAGAAGAACGCACAAAGGUAUUGAUCGCGAUAGAGCGCCAGAAGGUUUCCGAGAAAGAGGCAGAGACAAAGAGAAAGAUAGCCAUAAGUGAGGCAGAAAAGAAUGCACAAGUGAGUCUGAUCCAAAUGGAGCAAAAAUUGAUGGAGAAAGAUAGUGAGAGGAAGAAAGAAGAAAUCGAGAAUCAAAUGUACACUGCUCGAGAGAAGAGCUUGGCUGAUGCUAACUACUAUAGAGCAUUGAGAGAGGCAGAAGCAAACAAACUGAUGAUUACUCCUCAGUUUCUUGAGCUUAAAUUCAUUGAAGCAAUUGCAAACAACACGAAGAUAUUUUUUGGUGACAAGGUGCCCAAUAUGAUUUUUGAUCAGAGGCUGUUGGGAAAUUUCUUGCAAGAUGUGGAUAGGAAGGAUAACUUGGAAAGUUGAGAGGGACACUGGAAAACACACAAACAGGGUUUAUUCAUCGGAGGUGACUAGUACAACUCCCACCGCCAUGACCCUUUCUUAAAAUAUGGUGUUUUUAGUGGGAAUCGAAGAACAUAACAUUAAUUUCUUCUCCUUUUUUCACUGUUACAUGUUCCUCGAGAUAGACAAAGCUUUUAUGUCUGUAAUUGUGAUCAUGUUAUUCAUAGGUUUUGUUGAUUGCUUCAAUCUUCAUGCUCCAUGAUAAGCACUAAUCUUC